AGGCUCCAGGAUCCGAGCUGUCAUCACACAGCCCACGCGGGGCUCGAACUCACGGACUGCGAGAUCAUGACCUGAGCCGAAGUCAGAUGCUCAACGGACUGAGCCACCCAGGCGCCCCGGGGCGUCUUCUUUUGAUGAGGACACAGUCAUGUUGGAUUAGGAUCCCACCCUUUUCCACUCUGAGCGCAUCUCCGCCGAUUACAUCUCCGAUGACCUUACUUCCAAACAUCACGUUCUGAGGUCCCGUUUAAGACGCGUCGGCCUAUCUUUCUGUGGGGACACGAUUCAACCCACUCGCUAGUAGUGUAACCAAGAGCACCUUCCUCAAGUCAGUAGAAACAUCUUCCUAAACCUGCUGUGAGCCGGGUUGACGGGUGUGCAGCUGCCAGAGCCUCUGAUUCCGAGCCAUCCAAGCCGUCGGGAGCCCUGAAUACGUCGUCUUCCAGUUGGCUAGCUCGGCGACUCAGGAUGGCAAAACGGAAGAGAAAAAUUACCGAAAUGACAGAGAAAAAGAACAAAAAACUGAAGAAGGCGUCAGCGAAGGAGAUGCCACCCGCGGCCACACCGGGCACCGGGGAAGCGCACGCCGAGGGAGGAGCCGCCUGGGGCGCCGGACAGGACACAGCCCUCGAGCUGCCCGAGCUGACCCCAGAGGAGAAGAGGGUUCUGGAGAGGAAGCUGAAAAAGGAGCGGAGGAAAGAGGAGAGGAAGCAGCUUCGGAAGGAUGCAGCCCCGAGCGUGCCGGCCAAGCCCUCCGGGGCCCAGCUGGCCCUGGACUACCUCCGUGGCUGGGCCCAGAAGCACGAGAAGUGGAAGUUCCAGAAGACGAGGCAGACCUGGCUGCUACUGCACAUGUAUGACAACGACCAGGUUCCCGACGAGCUCUUCUCCACCCUGCUGGCCUACCUGGAGGGGCUGAGGGGCCGGGCCCGAGAGCUGACGGUGCAGAAGGCCGAGGCCCUGAUGCAGAAGUCAGACGAGGCCAGGGGCGCGGACACCCUCCCGCUGGGGACGAUCCAGCGCGUCCGGCAAGUGCUACAGCUGCUGUCCUAGGGCUGCCGGCGGGCCGGGCCACUGCCACAGCCCCGGGCGGUCCCGGGCCUCUCGGUGAGGGCGACAGUGUCCUCCCGGCAGUGGGGCCCCAGCGAGCGGCAAGCGGGGUCGGCGGCAGGGCAGCGGCCAGGGGGGCCUUCCGGGGGCCGGGCCCCUGGCCCUCGGGAGGACUGACUCCACGAUGACAGGUUUUCAUGCCUUCACAACCGAACGGGAGCACUUGGGGGGUAACCUGGAGACACUGGCCUGGCCUCUGCGUGGCCUCAGAGCCCACAGGGAAGCCGAGGGAAAGGCCUGUUUUCUACUGGAAUGACUCAGAAAUCCACCAGAGCCAGCCCUUCCCGCCAGCAGUGGUCCGUCCCUGUUGGGGGCCGAGGGCGGUCCCUCCAGUGGCGGCCAGGGCUGCCUGGUCACCUGCCUGCGUCCACCGACCUCUUCCACUCCUGUUUGCAGUAAAACCGUCCUGUGUCGGC